UUAAAAUUAAUCGCUCAAUUGUGAUUAAAUAUUCGGUUCUUUUCGGCAAUAAUCGACUGACGCAAGCGAUAGUGCUGACAUCUUUUGAAUCAUAUUAAUGUUUAAUAUUAUACUUAAUAGUCUGCAAAUUGCAGGUUGCAGUGUUCCAUUUUAUUGUGUGUGAGAAGUGUUUAAACACGUUGAAUAAUUAUAUAUAUAGCGCAAUUUUUUUAUAUCUUAUUAUAAUAUUGUGAUUUGAAAUUCAUAUUAGUUAAAAUGUCGCGUAUAACUAUUUUAUUAUUACUUGCUUAUUUCAAUGUGGGAUUAUCUUAUGGAAUGGAAUGUUCAUUUGGAAACAAGAACAUUAUAUCGAAAGUGAUCGAUUCAUGUCCAGGAAUAUUAGAUUCGAGCGAUAAAUCUUAUUGUUGUUAUGAUUUUGAAAAGAAUGAAAUGUAUUGUUGUGAUGCAGUGGAAUUUGCAUCGAAAUCAUCAUGGAUUCUUCUCACAGUGAUUUGUGCGGUUGCAGUCGUGUUUUCUGUGAUAAUAUUUUGCAUAUCGUGUUUGUGCUGCAGUUGUUGUCCAUGGUAUCGCAGACGUCAUCAAGGAACGGUCUAUGGAACAAUAUCAGAAGUACAAAUACCUAGUAUGAUGCAUGUAGUUCAAACACCUGCAAAUGUGUCAGUAUUGACUCCAUAUGCAAAUCUUCCAUAUCCUACAAAUUCAGCAGGAAUACAACAAGCAUCAACAUAUUCAGGAAAUAUUUAUGAAAAGCAAGCACCUUAUAAUCCAAAUUACGUUUCUUCGAUUCAACAAUAAUAAUCGAAUAAUCAGUAUUUAAAAAAAAUCUAUAAAGAAACGUACAUUUUUUUAA